GCGGAGUAUAAAGGUGUGCAGCGCUGCAGGCCGAGGUGAGUCACGCUGCAGAAGGCCAGCGCAGAGUCACGGCACCGUCAUGCUGCAGGUGUUGCCCACGUCCAGCAGGAACUACGACUACGACUAUGACACGGUCCAGCCCUACUUCUUCCUGGAUGGCGAGGAGGAGGACUUCUACCCGCCGCCGCGCAGCCAGCUCCUCCCGGGUCCAGGUGAAGACAUCUGGAAGAAGUUUGAGCUUCUGCCGACGCCCCCCCUCUCCCCCAGCCGGAGACCCUCCCCGUCCCACGCCCUCUCCGCCUCAGAACACCUGGAGGCGGUGUCCGACCUGCUGGAUGAGGAUGGCGACCCCUCCGCGGCCCUCCUCCAGUCCUUCGUCAUCCAGGACUGCAUGUGGAGCAGCAGCUUCGCCGCCGCCACCAAGCUGGAGAAGGCGGUGUCCGAGAGGCUGGCCUCGCUCCGGGCCCGUCGGGACUCCUCCACAGCCAUCAGCACCAACGCCACGACGGAGGGAGCAGCUGGUCAGCAGGUGGGCAGCACUCAGGUGAACUCUGGGUACCUGCAGGACCUCCACACCGACCGGACGGACUGCAUCGACCCCUCCGUGGUGUUUCCGUGCACCACGCCGAGCGAGAGGAGCACUGAUGGAGCGGCGACAGAACUGUGUCUGGACUCGCCGCCGCUCAGCAGCAGUGACAGUGAAUCAGAAGAAGAAGGUGAAGAAGAGGAGGUGGAGGAAGAAGAGGAAGUAGAAGAAGAGGAGAUUGACGUGGUGACGGUGGACAAGCGGAGGCCGUCACGGCGGUCCGACCCCAGCAUCAGACCGACGGCCCCCCCGCUGGUCCUCAAACGCUCUCACAUCAACAUCCAGCAGCACAGCUACGCCGCCCGGCAGCCGCCCGGGAAACGGCUGAAGCCGGAGAGCAGCCGCCCGGCGCCGAGGCAGAGCGGCGAGGACGACGUGGACAGACGCAGGACUCACAACGUGCUGGAGAGGCAGCGGAGGAACGAGCUGAAGAGGAGCUUCGCCGCUCUCAGGGAUCAGAUCCCGGCGGUGGCCGACAACGACAAAGCCGCCAAAGUGUCGAUCCUGAAAGAGGCGACGGCGUUCGUCCUGGAGGUCGGAGAGGACGAGAGGAGGCUGCUGACGAUGAAGGACGAGCUGAGGAAGAGGAGCAGAGAGCUCAAACACAGACUGAAGCAGCUGAGGACUUCACAAUAACGCUGACUCAGUUUAAUGUUGGAUUAUUGUUUUACGUCACGUUUUUACGGGUUAGCUGGGUUGAAACUAACAUGUUUAUAAAAAAAACAUUUUUUAUUUUGUGCAAUAACGUAACCUGAACAGGAACUCAAAGGAUCACAAUCAGUCAAACUGUGUGUUUUAUUUGUAUUUAUAACAUUUUUACAUCUUCUGCACAUUUUAAUUUAAAGCCGUUUUUGUUUUUUAUCAAGUUUGGUUCAAAAUUCAGAUGUUGUAUCAGGAGAAAUAAUAUUAUGUUCAUCUCACUGACUAACUUUAACUCCCGGCUGGUAAUGAUCAUAGUGAUCAAUAAUUUAAUAUUAUCUGGCAGUUUAUUUAAUCAAUAAGCAUGGUUCUGUUAUUGUUUUAUUUCAUUUUUAAAACUGUUUAUAUUUAUACCUCAGCCACUUCAAAAUAAAAGCCCUUCAGACAUCGGAGGUCCUGUUAGU